AUGAUGAAUAAAAUCGAUCGUAUCUUCUACUUGAAACUCAACAUUAAAAUUAUGACAAACUCAAUACCUUUCAUAGUAAUUGUAUUGGUUGCCGUUGUGCUUCUAUUAGUACAAGCAACUGAUCAAUUCAAUGGAAUUUCUGAUGACCACAACGAUGUGUCAACUGUUCAAAGUCCACUGAUUUGCGAUGGAACACGUCCAAUCGAUAACAUCCAUUGUACAUCAUGGUGCCGAUCGAAAGGUCUUAAACAUGGCUUAUAGGAAACAACACGUAUUUUUCUUUAUGGUCAAAUCAUUACUUUCCAAACAAGAUGCAAUUUAUCCACUUCAGUGUAUUCCAAAAAUACACCACAUGAUGACCUACGGACGCCUCCAUAG